ACACUGCAUGAUAGACCGGAACUCUGCCAGGGAAAACUGUGCUGCACUGUAAGCUUGUCAGAGAACUGAGAGUCCCAGCACUGUACACACAAUGUCACGGCUGAGUUCUGUAACCUUUAGAGCUCUGCUGAGAGGUAUUUGUGUAGUUAGACCUAGCACAAGGAGUGUUCUUCACAGGAGGCCUUACUGCCAAAAUAUCAGUGACAUGAAACCCAAAGUAGCUGCAAAUGAAACAUUUACUGGUCACAAUGUAUAUAGAAAUCCAAAAAGACCAACAGAUUUUGAUAAAAGGGUUCUUGUGUGGUCUGGACGUUUCAAAAAAGAAGAAGAUAUUCCAGAAAUCGUUUCAUGGGAGACAAUCUCAGCUGCCAGAAGCAAUGUUCGAAUAAAGGUCUGCAUGCUGAUGAUACUAUUCACAGUGACGGGAUGUGUCUUCAUGGUGUGGUCUGGCAAAAAGGCUCUUAAGGAGGAAAAUACACUGAAGCAAAUAAAUGCGGAGAAAAAGGCUAAAUGGAAAGAAGAAGCCAUGCAACAGUCAGCUUCCCUGAAAAGUCACUGACCUGAAGCCUCUGUUAUUGUAUAUUGAUUAUCUUGUAGAAAAUAUUUGCAUAUAUAUAUAUAUAUAUAUGGCAUACAUAAGGCAUAUAUAUGAAAUAUAAGGCAACUAAAAAAUUGCUAACUCUAUAA